AUGGCAGAGAGGGCCGAGGCAGGGGGUGCCCCAGCAUUGACAUGGCUGUCCAUUGUGCGCAUUCACAUGCUGACCUUGCUGCGUUCCAUCGAAAGCUUCUACCCUACCUACUACCGCUCAAUGAUUCCAGGAACUGCAGAGGAGGCAAGAGUACCCUGCUGCUGUCAGCUGAGUGUGGGUGAGGAGCGGCGGCGCUUAGAGGAGGAGGAGGAGCGUGAGCGACGCCGGCGAGAGGAGGAGGAAGAAGAGGAGAGAAGACGUGAGCAAGAGGAGGCCGAUCGGCUGCAGCGCGAAGAGCAUGAGCGUGCGAUGGAACGUCUACGGCGAGAUAAGCAGGAGUCCGAGCGAAAGCGAGCGGAAGAGCGGCGGAUCGCCGAGGAGCGCGAGGCCGCGCAAGCUCGGGAGAUGGAGGAGAAGUUUCGUCGACAACAAGAGAUGGCUGCCCAACGCCAGGCACAACGUGAAGAGGAGCGUCGGAAGAAGGAGGAGGCGCGGCGGCUCGAAGAGGAGCGGCGGAAGGCGGAGGAGAGGAGACGUGAGGAGGAGGAACGAAGAAGAGAAGAAGAGCUUCGUCAAGAGGAGGAGCGCCUGCGAGCAGAACAGCAGCGCCUGGAGGAAGAGCUGCGGCGCAAAGAACAGGACGAACGGCGGCGUCACGAGGAGGAGCAGGAGGCGCAGCGGCGGUUGGAAGAGGAGGCACUCCGCACUCGUAAGGCAAAACCCGGGCCCGGGCCGGCACGCCGUGCCUUGGCCGAUGACGCCUUCGACUUGCUCCGGGGCUCGGAGGACUCGGACGAGGAAGAGGAGGAAGCGCCGCGAGGAGCAGGAAGACCCCGCAAGCAGGAGGCCAAGGGCAAAUCCGGGCGUUCCUCGAAGGCCAAAGGCACCAAGAAGACCCCAUCGCACGUGGACAACGCCUUCGCUUUCCUGGCCGGUGCUUGCGAGGAGGACGGUUCGGAGGACGAUGGCGAGGAGGCCUGGGAGGCGGCGAUCCUUUCUUUGGAGCAGGGGCAGAAGAAGGAGAAGGAGAAGGAGGUCAAGGCGCCGCGCAGAGCUCCCAAGGCUCCCGCGCCCGCCGCGCCCGCCGCGUCCGCUGCGUCCUCGUCUGCACCGAAGCGGAAGCCUGCGAGGACAGGAGCUUGGGUCCAGAAGGCUUUCAUGGCGCUGGGCUGUGAUAAGGACGAUUCCGAUGAGUCCGAGGAAGAGGAUGCAAGCCCGCCAGAGCAGAAGCGCGCUGCUGACUUCCAACUCGUGAAGCUCGCGGGGGCCAUUGCGAAGAAGAUCGACGACAUUCACAACGACUGA